UAAUGUUAGAAUUGGGUGGUGAUAACACGUGAUAGAAGUAAGGUGCGCUUUGGACCUUCGAAAAAAUUUCUUUUCUCUCUUCAAUCGUGAAGAAUUGGAUCCAAUUGAGAGAAUAUAUACGAAAUAUUCUCGAAGACUGUUCUGUAUAAAAAGAAAAUGAUCCGAAUAUUUGCAUUAGCGUUUGUUUUUCAUCAUGCCACAGCUUUAAUGGAUCCAACAGAAUUCAUUGAAAAAAUUAAGCCAAAAUGCUUUGAUGAUGCUAUGCCUAGAAAGCCAUCGUCAGGAUUAACUCUGGGUAAUUUUAUAUAUUUAGUAGAAAAAUUUGAAGAAAAGCAUCCCGAGCGAAAUAUUGAAACUAACAUAAAGACACUCCUAAAUGAAUUUAGUUGUGAAGGAUUGAAAUAUCCUCUACAAAAGACUGGAGAUACAUAUUAUGGAAAAAGAGAAACUUAUGCUGAAGAACGAAAAGAUAUUCUGGAUGUAUUUGUGAAGGAUGAUGAUAUAGCAAAGCUUGAGGAAGAUGAUUUCACGGAUGACGAAAUAUGCAAUUUAUUCUUUUCAUUGUCUCACACAGUAUAUGAAACCGAAAUAAAACCCAGACCAGAAAGAAAACCUGAUAAACAAACUAAUACAACUGAUGAAAUACCUAUCCCAAAUGAACAAGAUCAGCAAGAACCUGUUAGAGUAAAUGUAGAAGAUGGUGUUGUGAGUUUUGGAGGAGAUGAAACUCGUGCAAUUUCUUUAUCAGAUGUUUUGUUUGGAAUAUUAGGUGCAUUAAGAGAGGAAGAGAAAAAGAUAAAUGAAUUUUUUCCUCCGCAUAAUCGUAAUCCUGAGUUUGAUGAUAAAGUAUUUCAAAGUUCAUUUCUUUUUUCACUUUCAGCUAAAACUGCUGAAUCAGUAUUUCAUUUACCUGAAAAUAUUCAACCAUCAGCAGGAUACUGGAUUUCAACUGACUGCAGUAAAAAUUAUAUUCUAAAAACCAAUACAGAAAUGUUUACCUAUGCUACUCUGAUAGGUUCUGUUGAUGGUUACUUAAUGGGAAAAAAACUUCUUGGUGAUAAAAGCAGACUUCCUAAGUUAAGUCAGUUAUUAAGAAUGUACUACAGUAAACAAGGUUUUUCAUCAUUCCUUUCUAAGCUUCCUUUAAGUUUUUGUCAAAGAGGAUCUGAAAUGGAAGAUGAAACAUUUAAAUCAGAGUUGAAAAGCCAAGUUUAUAACUAUGUUUUAUAUUAUAAUUUAAAAAAGAAAAUGCACACUACUGAAAUAACAAAGCAAAAGACUGAAGCAUCAAUGGCAAAGUUUCGGAAUGAAAUACCAAAAGCAUUGGCUCAAGUGAAUGUUGAGAGAAAAAAAUGUGGAAAAAUUAACGAGGAAGUAUGUGAAACACCAAGCAAUGUUGUUGUUGUUCUUGAUAAACGCAAUCAUUUUGAUACACAGCUACAUACUAUAGCAAAACUGAUAAAUAAUAAUGGAAUAAGUGAAAACACCUUCAGAGUUUUUGUAAAUGCUGAAGAUGAUAUAAAGAUUGACAUGAGAAAAAUAACUGAUACUGUUGAUGCUAAUAGAAUUAUUGCAUCUUGUGCUUUAGAUGAAUACAACAAAGAUAAUGAUGCUGGAUUACUCGAAGAAAAUUUAGUUUUACAAGCCAUAAAUCGAACAUUAAUGAAUAUUGAACUAGAAUUAAUUUCUUUACCUGGUAUGCCAUCAAAGGUAGUAUUUUAUUACAACUAUGGAUUAGUUCUUGAGAAUAAUGCACAACUGUUGAGAAAAAUUGAUGACGCCAGAAGGGAAUUGAUAAAUAAGCAUAGAGGUGCUGAAAUAUAUGCAAUUGGAGAGAAUAAAGAAUAUCUUCAGAAAUUUGUACCAAGUUUAAAUGUCAUAGAUUCCAGAAAUGAUAAUCUCCUUGAGACAUUAGAACAAAAAAUUUGUUCAGCACCAGCUGAAUUUCAGUAUUUAGAAUGUACGGUACGUAGCAAAAUGGAUCAGGACUUUUUACUACAUAUAAAUCCUAAUGGAGUUCAAUAUUGGCAAAUGCAGCCAAAAUACUUCUACAAAAGUUUUGGCUACAAAUUAAGGUUCAAACCUGAAAAUGGUAACAUUAGAGUGUGCUUCAAGAGAAUGAAACAAUUUAGUAAAUCAGAUGAAGGUUGUCAAGCAACUACUGAAACGAAGAGAGAAAUAGAAUUUGUCAAUAGAGAUCCUUGCAAAGGUUUUGAUGCCGUAACUUGCAGUCCAUUUUAUUUCGGAAUCUAUGGUGUGGAUGACACAUCUCUUACAGAAUGUACAACAGGUAAGCAGUUUUAUUCUAAUUAA